CAUGAAGGUCGAGGCGCACGGACGUAUGGUUAAUGGGCAGACUGAUUUGUACGCCCUACCAGCUGAUGAGGAGGAGCAUGCGCGACUGGAUACCCAGCAUGUGAUGCUUCUGACCGCUUUGGACGGUCAACUUUACCCUGAUCGGAAGCGGGUCGAAGCAGCCCUAGCCCCGACUCCGGACCACGUACGGCAGAUCCUGGAUGUCGGCAGCGGCGCCGGGGUAUGGACGAUCCAGAUGGCAUACCGGUACCCGCACGCUGAGGUGAUUGGCGUUGAUCUUGUCCUACCUGCGGGUGAUCGCCCACCUCCUGACAACUGCAGGUUCGAAGCUGACGAUGUCAGCCUUGGGAUGUCUCAUUAUCAGUCGAUGUUCGACCUCGUACACUGUCGUGCUAUAUCCCACGGGGUUCCAGAUAUGGAGGCCUUCCUCGAUGAUAUCGCAGACACCGUCCGUCCUGGUGGAGUCAUCAUACUUGUGGACGGCAUGAUGCAGCUGUUCCGAGAGGACAAGUCCCUCAUGGAUGCGUCCGAGUCAUAUUUCCAGAAAGUGCUCUUUCACGGGUACAACGCGCUGAAAGCCCGCGGAUCCGGUGUAGACACCUGCCUUCUCCUUCGCCGUAUGAUGGAGAAUAACCCGAAGCUGAAGAACCUCGGUUACAAGGAAAUCUUCAUUCCUAUCGGAUCAUGGUACGACGGUGAUGGUACGUUGGAGGACAGACGCAAGUGGCACGAGAUGGGAGAGUUGCUCAGGCACGACUGCCAUGGGUUUGCGAAUGCUUUGAGGCCGCUUCUACUUGGUGAGGGCUACAAGCAAGAAUGGGUGGACGAGUGGCUUGCGGAGGCGCAUCGCGAGCUGGAUGAGAAUCGCAUUCGUGGAUGGGCUGUAUGGGUGUAUUUCUGGGCAGAUCGAGAGGAUCACGAGAUCGCGCCUGUCGACCCUCCCCCUUCGCCACGCGAACGAGCUACAACCGAGGCGACUGGAGAAGUUGACAGUAUAGACGAGGUAGUGUCGGGGCUGUCUGAGACCCAUCUUGAAGAAAAUGACAAAGCCAGCUUGGAGGAGAGGCGCGCUAGAGGAGACUUGGUUCAACUAUGGCUUGAACACAGCGAAGAUGACGAUGAGCACGACCCGAACGAGCAUGAAGCCGAUGGACCAGAACCGCAAGAGGCUGAGCAGGAGGGCAAGGCUGUUUCUAGCCUCGUUGGGGCUGCGAGUUCUACUGAACCUGUGGUCUCGGGUUUGCCCACAGGAAAUCCGGAGAACAAGGAAGAUGCAGAAGGAAGUGCUCCUAUCUUUGCAUUCUCUGUCUGACGCGUCAAGUGUGGUUACCCCUGGAAUGGAUUUAUGACUGGAACGCUUGCGGAGCUUGUAUAAAGGAAACGAUCUGUAGCAAC